GGGCAUCAAGGAGCAAGUCUGCAGCAAAGGCAUCCAACACCAUUGCUUGCUUGGCUACAAGCUGUUCAGUUUGUGGUGGCAACUUGGCAACAUUAUAGCGUGGUCACACGCUGCAUUCUAGGUGGAAAGGCUGCGAUCAAAGAGAGCCCUCCCGAAGUUUGCGGAGAAGGCGGAGCUGGUGCGCGCAUGGAUCAAAGUCAGCAACACUUUCUUCCAGCUGAGACCUGUUGACUGAAUGCUGGUUCAAUAGUUGAUGAGCCUCUCCAGCCCAAAGAGAACUAGUCGUGCGCACCGGCUCGUUUUGUCUUACCCCGUUGCAAUGAUCGGUUUGACGGAACAGAAGCUUCUGAAGGUUUUAGAAAGAAGGUUUUGCUUUCGAAUCCAGUAAUUUUGCUGCUGUUCCAGCGCAUUUGAUCAAGAGCGGCUUAGGCAGGUUUCUAUAUCCUAAUGAGCGACCACAUUCAGACAUCUACCCCUGUCUGCAUUCCCCAGUCGGAUCAAACUUACAAGAAGCAGCAAGCAGUGCAUAGAAGGUAGCAAACCGGAGUCCGGGUUUCUAUUGCCUGCAUCGUACCGGCAACAACUAGGCUUGGGGGCAAGGCUGAGACAGGGUGAUGCGAGGCCUGUCUCUCAAGCAUGCUUUCCGGAAUGCCCUUGCCAGCCUGGCCGCUACCUUCAUACUGGUGAUGUCAGCAAUGUACAUCUUGACUCGAGACAGCGUCGAGAUUGAACACCGGCCAUUGCUCAGAACCAAGCCCCUGACCAACAUCGGUCAGCCAAGACCCUCCAGCCUCACCCUGGUCAUCUACCAGCAGUACCACAGCACAGCAUGUUACCACAACCUGUACAACAACAGCCUGUACAGAGGGCUGAAUCAGGCUGCCGGCCAGCGGCGUCCGAACUCGGACGAUUUGGACGCCCCCACAAUGUUCCCCCUGGCGACGGACCCGUACUACCAGAACCUGCUGUGCGAGUUCUCGGGCAUGCUGGCGGUGGCCGCACACGCUGCGCGAUUACACCCCCAGGAGUGGAUUGGGUUCCAGAGCUGGAGGGCCGUCGAUAAGCGGAGAGCCAUCUCGCAAGCGGCGGAGGACUCGAUUCUAUCGGCCAUCGGGAAGCGAAGCCACGGCGAUGCAAUCUACUUCUGGUCAGACGGGGGGGAGGACGACGUACGCGUGUUGGACUUUUACGAGCACUGCGACCGAAGCCACAAGCACUGCAAGAUCGCUUUUCAGCGCGCGUUUGGCGUACUGUUCGGUCACCGGACCGGCGAAACCGACGCUCCGGACGCGCCUCCGAUGCCCAAUGACGGCGGGGCCUGGGUGUUCAUGAGCUACUUCGUCAUGCGGACGGAGAGCUUUCUCGAGUACAUGCGCUUCGUAAGGGACUUCUUCAUCGCGGUCGAUGACAUGUGGUUUCACACGCACCGGGACGCAAACGUAUGCAUUCUGGCCCAGGGGGUCUCGAGCAGCCCGGAAUACGAGAGCCUGCACUGCUACUGUUACCUGCUAGAGCGGCUGAUCAGCAUAUGGGCGUACCACUCAGGCCGCCGCAUGCUUUUUGUCAACCCAAUCACGGGCAGCAUCUCGGAACAGCACGAGCUGAAGGAGCGGACAGCGUGGCUGCAUUAUUUCUCGAAAUCGCAGUUUCGUAAACAUUUGGAGAAACUUGAAAGGAGAGCCGUCGCAAUGAACGAUCGAGGGCUAAUACAAAAACUCCAAACCUUUUGACAAAUGCAAGUGUAAUAAUC